UGAAUUUCUUUCUCUGUGGUGCCGGUGGUCACGCCAGUCGCCUACUCGCUUGUCAAGCACACGAGGGCUGAACGCUGCACCGACGACCCGGACGGCUAUUCUGAACGACAGUGCUUGAUACAGAUACGCCAUGUCGCCUGCGCGCUGUACUAAACGCAAGCGGGGUCUACAAGCUUCGCCUCAGCGGCGUCCAUUGACUUCAAGAAGCCAGCCAAAAAAUUUGCAAGGCCACGGGCAGAGAGGCGCGCGGGCAGAGAGGCACGCUGGCUGCACGCCUGCUGGGAAGCGCCCACCCUGGAAUAGCAGCACCGCCGUUCCAGCGACCUUCGAGAAGUUCUGCACGGAGCAGAACAAAAGAAAACGUGCCUUAGUAAAGGCUACUAGGAAGACAAAGCAGGGGGCGGAGGCUGGGCUGAAAAUGGACCCAAAGGGAGAAGGUGACUUUCCCUACACUUCAGGGACGGCAUCACUUUGGACGAGAGGAUUGGCUGCCCUCAAGCUACUCGACUUCUCAUUUUUAUUCAAACCGGCCUACUUCUUUUAUGAAUGUUCGUAUCCCGAUGGUGAAUCUCAGGCUUGCCCUAAAAAGAAACCUCGUAUGACGUAGCCAUGACCUCAUGGCUGAACGCUUUUAAUUUAUUUCCCAUGCUUGCGCGUUUUAAUUACGAAUUUUAAGAUAAAUACGAGUUUCUAUUUGAUGUACCUGAUAUUAUACGUGAUGUUAACCCUUUACUGCACAAUUUUUUCUUUCCUCAAUAUAUUAUUCAUGGUGUUGUAGGGCAGCAUAAUAG